UGAAAAUGGAUAUCAUCAUUGGAAGCCGUAACCUUAACCCUAAUAACCCCAGACAAAAGAUAUACGCACGGUCCCUCAAAUCGUUACUCCAACAUUCCUUGAACAUGGACACCACGGAACUCGAAACAUACCAAGUUCAGCUCUCUCAGGUCGAGCUCGCGCUGCAAUCAGAUCCUGACAAUUCCGAACUCCUUUCCCUCCGCUCAGAAUUACAAGAACUCAUCUCUCUCACCCAACAGUCGCUUGCCCAAGCUGCUUCCUCAUCGCGCGCAGAUUCUGUCCGUAAAACAGCAAACUCAACACCUUCACACACCUGGACUGCAGGAAGCGACUGUCUCGCCAAAUACUCGGGCGAUGGCAGUUGGUAUCCUGCACGCAUUACCAGUGUCGGUGGCUCAGCAGAGAACCCAGUAUACAGCAUCAUGUUUAAAGGCUACAACACGACGGAAUUGAUAAAAGGGGCAGAAAUCAAGGCACUGCCAGCAAAUCACCAGGAGAGAGUAUCAGCGCCGAGCAAAAGGAAACUAACGAAAGCUGAGGACGAGGAGAGGGAUCGGAAGAAGAAGCGCAAUGAGAAGAAACUCGAGGUCAAGGCUGCAAAAGCCAAGGAGCAACUUGCGAAACAAGCGACGUGGCAGAAGUUUGCUAAGAAGUCUGAGAAGAAGGGCGUCCAUAUUGCCGGUGUGGCAGGGACCAGCAUCUUCAAGACGCCCGACAACCCAUUAGGUCGUGGUGCGUAUCGUUCUAGUUGGUUUGAAACCUUACUUUUUUUAUUUCUGAUAAUGGUCUUGUAGUUGGCGUUACUGGCAGCGGAAA